CUAGUAAUUAAUUAAACAGUGUAGAUGCUUGUUUGAUUUCAUCUUGAUGACAAAUUGCUCGCAUGCGGAUAAUAACCACAAAAUUAAUUAGGAUGGCCUAUUGCAACAGAGGAUGUAGAUGGCACUCUCAUCACCGACCACGUGGGUGAAAAUGGCGAACAAAAUCAUAACUUACGAUGUUUGGAUUGGAAACCUUCCUUUGUCAGCAGAUGAAAAAAAUGUUGGAAAAGUUUUCUCAAGAUUUGGAGAAACAGCUUCCAUGUUCAUCAGAAUUGCUAAAACAGGAGAUUAUAAAUAUGGGUUUGUCAAGUAUUUCUCAGAAGGAGAUGCUGACAAGGCAGUGUCAGAAAUUGAUGGCAAAGAAGUUGAUGGAAAGACAAUUUCAGUAAAGAGAGACUUUAAACAGGUUGGCAAAGAUUCUGACGAGAAAGAGAAACCAAGGAAUAAAAGGAAUAUACAGAAGCCUAUGAAGAAACCAGAUUUAGAUAAGUUGCAAAACCUUUUAAAUUAUUUGAGUGAGGGUAGCCCUAGUUCCCAAGUAUCACAAGCAGUUCCAGAUUUAGUCCAGAGUAUGCCUCCAACACAGUCCAGGAAAGAGAGAGAAAAUGUGCUGAUCACACAUUGUGAGAGCCCAAUAACUGUAUGGAUUCAAACAGUGACUGAUGAAAACACACAGAAACUGAUGGAUCUUUGUGAACAGUUGUCUGCCCUUUGUCCAGCUGCUGCCAAAUUAUCUGGACCUGUUGUUCAAGGGAAGAUUUACGCCACUUUGUUCUCAGAAGAUGGUCAAUGGUAUAGAUGUCAGAUUAGACAGUCUUUAGGUUCUGACACUAUUAAGGUACAAUACAUAGAUUAUGGUAAUACAGAAGAGGUGAAAGCUGACCACUUGGUGGAGAUUCCACCGUCCCUGGCAUCAGUCAAACCACUGGCUACCAAACUUAUCCUUCAUAAUUGUUAUGCUCAUGAUCUCUCUGAUCAAAAUGGUAUAAACUAUCUGAAGAAUGUGACAGAGAAUAUCAUGCUUGAAGCAGUGAAGACUGUACCAUUGAAGGAUAACACUGGACAUUAUGGAAUAUUGUAUGGUAGUGGCGUAUGUCUAAAUGACCAGGUCAAGGAACACGGCUUUGCUUAUACUCGACCUGCUAUGAAUGCAACAAAGUCUGAUGACACUCCUUCACCAGGAAUGUUACCGGUUAACAGAGUCACAGCAAGUCCAUUAAUGCAGAACCCAAUGGGAGAGCAGAUUAUAGGCAGUGGAGGGGGAUAUGCUGAUAGUGGGGGUGGAGGCUAUGGGGAUGUGGCAGCUAACCCUGCGUUUGGUUUUAGGCCUAAUGAUCUCGGAAAUGGGUUUAGGCCUAAUGAUGGUGGAAAUGGCUUUAGGCCUAAUGAUGGUGGAAAUGGUUUUAGGCCAAAUGAUGGGGGAAAUAGUUUUAGGCCUAAUGAUGCAGGAAAGCUACAACCCAGUAGAAACUUUCAAAGACUAGAAACUGGUAGCCCUGAUCUAAAUGCUGAAAUUGAGAAAUUACGACAGGAAUUGGCAAAGAAAAAUAUGCAGUUACAACAAGUAUUGAUGCAAAAUUCAAAAAUUGAAGCUAGUAAAGAUACAACUAAGGUGUUACAGGCUCAGAUGACAAAGAAACAAAGAGAACUCGACAAAACAAAGGCAGAACUCCUCAAGAAAACAUUGAUUUUAGAGCAAGUUCAAACUAGCAAAUUAGAGUUAGAACAAGUGACUACUAUGUGUGAACAAGUCCGACACCUAAGAUGCCAAUUCCCUACAGGUCAAAGAAGUAUAUUAGAAGAGGCCAUUAGUGUCGUGUUAUCUGAUGAAAGGAUAGAUCAGACUGUCACCACUCUGCAGCCUUUAGUGUCUACUAUAACACGGUACAAUCUCAUACAGAAAGAAAUCUCAUCUUGUACUGAUAAGGUUGAAGUGGAAACCUUAAUCUCCACUCGGAACAGUGCCAGACAAGAAUAUUAUGACAAAGCUGAUGCUUGUAUCCAGCAGUUAAAAUCUCUACCUUUAGACGAACGUUCUCAUGCUUUACAGGAAGUAGAAAACCUACUGAGACAGAAUUAUGGACCAUUUCUUGCUUUCAAUGUACAUAACAACUUAACAUUGGAGGAGUUGGUACCUGGCUAUAAUGAUUGGAAAGUGAAAAGAGAAGCUGAAUGUAGGAAUAUAAGAAGUUUAACAUCUUCAUUUGAAAACACAGUGGAACAGAACAUACUUAACCUAUCAAAAAUGAUGAAUCUAGAUUCUGGAGGAGGAACCCUGACAAUACCCUGGGAUGAAAUGUUAAACAGAUAUGCUCAGUUAUUACAGCAAGAAAUUUUAUGUACAGAUUUGGAGCAGACUGGUGAUGCAUCUUUGAUUGCUGCAGUGAUAAAAGCCAUUGUAAAGGAACUGUCUAAUGAAAUGAAAAAUAUCAAACAUUUUAAAAAGUUAAUUGGAGAAUUCACAGGGUAUAAGGAAGGCAUUGAGCCAUGGUUAACAGUAAACCCAAACACAGAGGAGCUUAACCAAAUAAAGAAAACAAUUAGAGGACUGAAAUCCAAAUUGAGGCAUAAAGAUGCUGACAGGCAGGACCUAGAAGAGGCAGGUGACUCUGGAGAAGAGGAACUAACAGAAGUUAAAUCAGAAAUCCAGUCUUUAAAAUCUGAUCUACACAAAGCACUGCUUAAUCAAGAGAAAUUUUUGCUUGAUUUAGCCAAAGCUACAACAAACCAUUUUCCUGAACUAAUAAGUCAGUUUGAAGAUUUAGGAAUUAAAUCAUUACUGGUGUAUGAUGGUUUAGUGACAGCAGGUAGAGAAUUAGAAUAUUAUACAUUGUCAACCACAUGGAAGGAGGGGAUGUAUUCCUCACAGUUUGCAGGAAAUCCAGUCUACUUACAGGAGUACAUGGUUGGUGAUGCUGAUCAUCUAGACAAGGAAUUGUUUAUAAAGAAUGUCAGUCGAUAUAAAGAAGUCACAUGUAACUGUCCUCAGCUGCCACAAGUACAGAGUAUAUUCUUUGUCAAGAAUGAGAGAUUAGCCUAUGUACAAGUGGAACACCAAGAAAUCAUGUGUUUACAAGAAAUAGUCAAAGCCCAAUUAGACAUCCAGUUACGGCAGAAGAUCAUUGAAAACCUUGGGAAAUCCAUCCAGUGUCUGCAUGAGGGACACAUAAUCCACGGAGAAAUAAAUCCUAGUAAUAUUGGUUAUACUGCUGACGGAGAUAUUGUUCUAUUAUGUCCAGAUUUCUCAAAAUCUUUGGAGGACAGGUUAAAGAAAGCCUUUUUAGCAGAAAAUGGUCUGUGUUUUAGAUGUCCUGAAGUUGCUUGUGGAAGGAGUGCAGGAACCAAAUCAACUGAUAUGUAUUGUCUAGGAUUAGUUAUAUUAUGGCUUUAUUUCCCAUCCAUCUCUAUACCAUUUAAGGCAGAUGGUUAUCCAAGACUGAAUGAUCUACAAAUGGAUCCCCAGAUAUCUUCAUUGUUAUAUAACCUAUUAUGUAAUCCUGAUUCAAGAUACAGAGCUAACCAGAUGCUGGACUGUGAAUACAUCAAAGCUAAGAUGGCCAUUCCAGCUUCAAAUAAGUCCGAUACAAGUACUGAUGAAACCUUUUCAACAACAGCUUCUAUCUGUAGUGUUAUAGAGAACUUUAAUGUCAAUGCUUUACCUCCUUGUGAGGAUAUUCAGCCAAACCAGGAGACAUUCAGUGAAGAAACUUUCCCACCAGCACAUGGUACUGUAACAAUCAGCAGUGUACCAGUAGGGGAGGACUCCUUUCCAGAGGUGUCCCAAUUUAAUCCAAUGGAGUUCGAUUCAAAUCAGAAUAAUAGUGCUGAUGAUGGAAUAUUUGUGAACAAUGCUCAAAUGUUGGCUAAUUGUAUUUCACAGUUGCCUCCCCUGUCAGAAAUGCCCAGAUUACCUGAGUCUGACACAGACUUAACCGAGAGUUACCAGACACCUGAGGGGUUGGUAGAGGAGGCAGAGGAAAAGACAGGAGGAAACAUCAGUCCAAUACCGGACGAAGUGGAUGAACUGGACAAUUCUGAAACUUGUUAGUUAUUUUCAUGUACGUUUCUAUCAUGUCUUUAUUAGAAAAAAUAUGAGAUUAAAUUUGAACUGAAGGUCAAGUUGAUGGAAAGAGUUUGUAGAUUUUAUUACCUUUUAAGGUGUCAAGGAUUAUAGAAACUUCCAUAUCGUCAAAUAAACAGAAGAAUAGACUUUAUGGUUGUGAAAGAUGGAAUUUAAUGUUGUAGGGAAAGACUCUUAAGUGUAUUGUUGUCCAAAUGGUAGUUCUACUUAUGUCAGCAAUUAACAAGAUAGUGUAUUGUGUUGCAUUCAGUCUGAACUUUUUUGGG